ACUGGCAGCACUGCUAUCCAACUGUCACAUAUAAAGAGGUCAUAGUCCAGCUUCAAUUAGUUUUCAUCGCAGUUUUCAUAAAGUUUUAACUCGUAGAUUCUAUUUUAAAAAAUAGGAUCUACUGUUGCAGUUAAGUUUUUAGUGGCCAGUUACAUCCUAUUAGCACGAAAAAGCAAAGAUGGCUUCUCAAGUAGCUAAAACCUUCCUUAAAGUACAUUCCACAACCGCUAAGUUUGACACAGCAAGGCGCGCCCUCAGUGUCGGAGCGGCCCUCCAGCAGAAGAAGACUCUGCCAGACCGUACCGGGAAGAACAUAGUGCUGGUCGAUGGAGUCCGCACUCCGUUCCUGGUGUCCUUCACCGACUACCAGAAGAUGAUGCCUCAUGAACUCGCCAGACACGCUUUGUUGGGUCUCCUUCAAAAAACUGGCAUCGACAAAGAGAUUAUCGACUACAUCAUAUACGGCACGGUGAUCCAAGAGGUGAAGACUUCCAACAUCGGGCGCGAGGCGGCGCUGGCGGCCGGGUUCAGCGACCGCACUCCCGCGCACACUGUCACCAUGGCUUGCAUAUCGUCCAACCAAGCUAUUACUACUGGUAUCGGCAUGAUCGCAGCCGGCGCGUACGACGUCAUAGUGGCCGGCGGAGUGGAGUUCAUGUCGGAUGUGCCCAUCAGGCACUCGCGCAAGAUGAGAUCUCUGCUGCUGAAGCUGAACAGAGCAAAGACGCCCGCGCAGAGGCUCUCCCUCAUCGCGACUAUCAGGCCGGACUUCUUUGCUCCUGAGCUGCCGGCGGUAGCGGAAUUCUCGAGCGGGGAGACCAUGGGUCACAGCGCGGACCGACUAGCGGCUGCAUUCGGCGCCUCCCGCCAGGAGCAGGACGAGUACGCGCUGAGGUCCCACACGCUGGCCGCGAAGGCGCAGCAGGCGGGCUACUUCACCGACCUCAUUCCUGUCAAGGUGGACGGCAAAGACGGGCUGGUGGACAAGGACAACGGCAUCCGCGUGUCGACGCCCGAGCAGCUCGCCAAGCUCAAGCCGGCGUUCGUCAAACCGCACGGCACUGUCACCGCCGCUAACGCUUCGUUCUUGACUGACGGCGCGUCCGCCUGCCUAGUGAUGUCUGAAGCCAAAGCCAAGGAAUUGGGCCUCAAACCGAAGGCCUACCUCAGGGACUUCACUUACGUCGCUCAGGACCCCAUCGACCAGCUCCUCCUGGGCCCCGCGUACGGCAUCCCCAAGAUCCUGGAAAAAGCGGGGCUCCAGGUCGGGGACAUCGACACCUGGGAGAUACACGAGGCUUUCGCGGGUCAAAUCCUGAGCAACCUGAAGGCUUUGGACUCCGACUGGUUCGCGCAGACUUACCUCGGCCGCAAAUCUAAGGUUGGCGCUCCCGACUUGAAGAAGUGGAACGCGUGGGGCGGAUCGCUCUCUAUUGGGCACCCCUUCGCUGCCACCGGGGUGCGGCUGGCGAUGCACACGGCGCACCGGCUCGUGCGCGAGGACGGGCGCGUGGGGCUCAUCUCGGCGUGCGCGGCGGGCGGCCAGGGCGUCGCCAUGCUGCUCGAGAGGCACCCCGACGCCACCGUCGAUUAGAUAUAUCGGGUAUCUAAAUAUAUAUAUAUAUAUGUAUAUGUAAAUACUGCCCUGGUAUAACUAAAAUGCCGUUAUCUGCCAAAUUCUUGUUUUAAGUAAAACGUUAAAAAUUCGGUAAUUAAACUGAUGCCAUUCAUCAAUGAGAACACAUAUUUAUGACUUAAAGGUACCAAAAAGUCGUAUAUACAGAUCGAAAGAGAUUUUUUUUUUCUUAUUCUACUGGUAAAAAAGGUGAAAAUCCUGAUGUCAGAUGUAUUUUAGUUAUACCACGGCAGAAUAAUAACCCUUUCAGCGUUCGAACAGAUGUAGACGAUUUUAAAAAUUUUGCGUUCCAUUGUUUACGCGCACGUGACGUACCUAUUUUUAGUGUCUCGGUGUUCACGGAUCGUUUGUUGUUUCGAAAUGUCCGAGAUAAAGGUGCGUUGUGUGCGCGUUUAUACUUGUAUUUACAAACAAAUGUAGCCCUUUUUACCUCGUGAUCUGGUAUUUGUGUAAAACGAAAUUUAAGGAGAAUAUAGCAUUAACCAUGCCUGUAUCUCAGUAAAUCAAUUAAGAGAAAAACAAAAAUUGUGUAACAAAUAAAUUUCGAGUCGUUAAAAUUAAAAUUGGCAUUUUUAAGACAUCUUUUGCGAUAAAUCUUGUGGCGUGGAAAGGGUUAGAAUUACUUUAUCCGACUGCGAGUAGUGGAAAAUUAUCAUUUGUAUCUAUGUCCUAAUUUAUAAAACAAUAUAAUCGUUGUUAAGUUUCUUCAAUUUGUUCAACAGGUUUUACAAAAAGGGAAAUUUUUAUCUUCUGCCCAGUAAUAUUACCCGGACAUUGACUAAAUCAUUGUCUUUCAAGUUUUAAGAAAAUAAUAUUCCAGGGACUAUCCACGAGUUCCCUGACUGAGCGAUUUAUUAUUAUAACUUAUUAAUCAAAUUAAAAAUAUUGCAAUUUUUCAAAUAAGUACCACAAAAAUUAAUGGUUACUUUUUGUCGCUCUACGAGGCCACCUGUAGUAUCUAAAUAUUGUUGUCACAUGACAAAUACGCCAGUGUAAAAAACACUGCAUAUUUUCAUAGAUUUUUUUUUCAUAAAUCAUUAAAAAUAUUUAUUGCAUAUACAUAGAAAAUAAAUAAAAAAAACUGCCCAAUGAUAGUGUAAAAAGUAUAAAUGGGAAAACUAAAUAAUCAUUUUUAGAAUCUAUAAGUUUCAAUUUAGAUGUUUACCAACCUUUGGGUUUUGAGAAAGUGUACAGCUAUAUAAAUUAGCUAUUUUAUAACCGUUGAUAUGUAUUUAAGUGUAAUCAUUUUAGCGUCAUCUAUUUAUUUGUAGUGUGCCUAAAACGUAAGAGAUUUUGUAAAAUGAUUGUUAUGAAUAAAAGCUAGUAUAUUUUA